AUGGACCUUUCUCCUCCAAAAGGGGGUCCUUCUUCUCCAACUGCCUCUCGAGAGCCGCGAUUACACCUUCCGUCAACUACAGAUCCUCCAGGCCCCCAGAAUCCUCCCAAACCGCUCGUAUGGUUGAUCUUCGGUGCGACCGGUCAUAUGGGCCGUUCCCUUGUGAAAAACGCUCUGUCACGCAACGACCUUGUUUCGGCCGUAGGGCGCACAUACGAGAAUAGCCCCGAGGCUAUGAAAGAGCUCGAAGAUGAACAUGAGAACUGCCUAGGUUUACUGUGCGAUGUCAGAGCACGCGAAACUGUAAAACGAGUCAUCGAUUUAACAAUCGCGCGAUUUGGGUGCAUUGACGUGAUCGCCAAUUGCUCCGGGUACGGCGUGAUCGGGGCCUGCGAGGAUCAAGACGAGUUCGAUAUCCGUAACCAAUUCGAGACAAACUUCACAGGCACCUUGAAUAUGAUUCAGCUAUCGCUGCCGCAUUUUCGCGAACGAAGAGCAGGUCGGUACCUUAUUUUCAGCUCGACCUCCGGCGCGCUCGGUGUGCCAGGGUUGGGACCGUACUGCGCGUCGAAGUAUGCGGUAGAGGGAUUGAUGGAGAGCAUGCUAUAUGAAGUAGAUAGCUUCAAUAUAAAGGGUACAUUGGUUGAACCUGGUCAUAUGCGACGCGACGACAUUGGUGAUCUGGUGUCUCCUUCCUUCAUGGCUGCAAACCCCUCUGAACACAAUCUAUCUUCCCCACUGCCUCUGUAUGGCCACUUCUUGGUCAAGCCGCCGAGUGAACCAUACAACACAUCUACGUCGCCGGCAGCACAUGCCCGUCGUAUGCUCAUGUGGCUCGGUGACAAACAACCUGCUUCCGCGGUAAAAGCAGCCCACCUCGUUUGGGAGCUUGGGCAUUGCUCCUAUCCUCCACUACGAUUGAUUCUCGGUACAUACGCGGUCGAAAGUAUCCGGGAUCGACUAAAAUGCAUCAUCGAGGAGAUUGAAGAUUGGAAGCAUCUCAGCUUUCCAUUGGGAGAAGUCCAACCUGUCACGUCCGGUCGGGAAAGAUCAUCUACGCAACCCGAAGGAAACGAUGGUGCUGGCAACAAUGACGGAUGA